AUGCUUCCUGCUUUUAUUUCUCAAUCUCUUGCCAAACAGAUUUUAAGGACUGGCAAGUCAAUCAACUUUCUCAGAGUUUGUUGUGAUGAUCGAGGUUGGGCUGAUGCUGCAACAGAAGCAGCAACAGCUGUUGGAACUACAACCACGAGAGGAAGUCUUGGAUAUGGUGAAACUGAUGCACUUGAAUCUUUGGUUACAGAAGCAGCAAAAAGAAUCGAUAAGCAUUUACUUGAACUCAUGCACAAAAGAUACAUGUUCAAGGAACAUUGUCUUGCCAUUAAGCGCUAUUUGCUUCUCGGUCAAGGUGAUUUUGUACAAUAUCUAAUGGAUAUUGUUGGUCCUGAGCUUUCUGAGCCGGCUAAUACUAUCAGCUCAUUUAAGCUGGCAACCUUGUUGGAGAGUGCUGUCACAUCGUCUAAUGCGCAGUAUGAUGGCUGUGAUAUACGGUCUAGAUUAAGGGUUAAGAUGAUGCCACAUAACACUGGAGAUAGAGGGUGGGAUGUAUUUUCUUUGGAAUACGAUGCAGGUGUUCCUUUAAAUACAAUUUUUACAGAGUCUGUAAUGACAAGAUAUAUAAGAGUCUUCAAUUUCUUGUGGAAACUCAGAAGAGUAGAACACGCACUAACUGGCGCUUGGAAGACCAUGAAACCAAAUUGUAUCACUUCCCAUUUCUUCUCCAAGUUGCCCCAAGCUGUUAAAUUCCAGUUGAUUUUAACUUCAAGAAAGUGUCAAGUUCUUUGGGAUGAGAUGAAUCACUUUGUUUCUAAUUUGCAGUACUACAUCAUGUUUGAAGUUUUGGAGGUCUCGUGGUCUAAUUUUGUGAAAGAAAUGGAACUAGCUAAAGACCUUGAUGAUCUUCUUGCUGCGCACGAAAAGUAUUUGUUUUCAAUUUUAGAGAAGUCUUUGCUUGGAGAACGUUCUCAGGAUCUUAACAAGACACUCUUUGUUUUAUUUGACCUAAUAUUGCGUUUCCGAAGUCAUGCAGAUCGACUCUAUGAAGGCAUUAAUGAGUUGCAAUCAAGGACUGCGGAAUCAUCAGCUAAUUCUCGUGAUAAAGUCAAGUCACGGGGAAAAUCAAAUGAUAAAUCGUCAGAACCAGGGUCAUGGCUUGGUGAAGGCCGAAAGGCCUUCACUCAACGUGCUGGAGAAUUCCUUAGAAAUAUGGGAAAUGAUAUAGAUGCAAUUGGAAAGGAUUAUGCAACCAUCUUUGAGGGGUUCAUUUCACAGUUGCCUGUGCAGCAGCACAUUGAUUUGAAGUUUCUCAUGUUUAGGCUCAACUUCACUGAGUUCUAUAGUCAGCUACACCCAAUUACAAGAGGAAAUCUUUUUUAGCAUCGUCACUAUUACGCUUACUGAUUUGCAGUUUGAAAUUUGUAGUGCUCUUUCAUCACCUGCAUCCAGUUAUAGGGAGGAAGAUCUAUGGGAUCCUGCAUAUAAUGCAGAUGUUUCACUGGCUUCUGAAAGUGUUCAGCAUGUUUCCAUUUGCCAAAUAGCUACCAUGCACACGAUGAAAGACCGUUUUUUGGCCAUCUUAACCCAGGCCUACCAGUUUGUAUGUCUUUGUUUGGCUUUAGGCAUUCCAUCUUUCCUCAUCGUUUCGAUUCUCCUGGAAGUUUUUCCACAUCAGGUUCUCUCAACUGUCAGUUUACCUCAUUCACCAAUACUUAUCUUUCUCUUCAGAAAGCACUUUUAGCUUGUGCUUUGUUGAUUGAGCGGAGAGGGUGGAUUGAUGUUACUAACCAUCGUGCGACAUUGUAGUUCUGUUGGGGUUCUAUUUGUGUGUUUAUUUUAUUUUUUUGGCUGCUAUAGCAAGCGGCUCGGAGCUUGUAUAUCUGUAAAUGUAGUUUUUGUUCUAAAAUUAGUAAAUCUUGAUUUGCUGAACACUGACUAGUCAAUCAGCUUUUCCUUUUCAUUUGCUUGUACUGUCUCAAUGAUUAGAAGAUAAUGAUAAUUGGGUUUCCA